AUGGGUAACAUGCAUUUACUCCAGGUUCAUUUAAAAUGGGCCAAUGUAUGGUUGCUUGUAGUUUCCGCAGUUAUUGUUCCUGCUAGCCCUGUGGUUCCCCACUUCCCUCAGGGCAAAGCGUGUGGGGUUAUUUUGAUCUUGAGUGAAAGGGAGUCAUUUUCAUUUAGUAGUGAAGCAUCAAAGGAAAAGCAAAGGGAGGGGAGAAAACUCUAUGAAUUCAAUUCAUUUUCCCCCAGAUUGUUACAGAGACUGGACUCUCAUGCAGUACAGUAUCUGCCAUCACCUUACAAUGCAAAGUUGCAACAUAUUAGCAUUUAUGUUAUGAGUGGCAAACCACAGUUUCAGAUUCCAAGCACAGAAGACAAUUUUUUUAAGUAA